AUGGUCGUCUGGGCGGUUCAGAAGCCAUGGCUGAAACAGAACUUGCCGUACCGGGCUGCCCACUUUCCAGCCUUUCCUGGGCUGGGUGGUUUGGGCGGUAAUCCCUGGCAGCAACAGCGGCGACCCCCUCCAACUGUGCCGGCAGACUUCCAGGUGGAUUCCAAUGCUCGGCAUUUUGGAACAUGCGUCUACUAUCACAAGUGGAGGGGGUAUGGGUUCUUGGAGCCAACUCAUGUGGGCACGGUCCCUACGAACAAAGUCUUCGUCCACUGGAAGCAACUUACCAGUGAUGACCGGUUUCCCUUUCUGGUCAAGGGCAUGGAGGUGGAAUUCAGCCUCAUGGUGUCCAAGGACUUCCACAGAGGGCUCAACACCCUCCGGGCCAAGAACGUUACUCUGGUCGGAGGAGAGAGCAUCGCCCUCCAGGAUGAGUUGGACGCGACGGAAAAGCAAUUCGUGGGCGGACAACACCUGAGGUACACUGGAACCUUGAAGUUCUAUUCGCCCAGGCAUGGAUUUGGCUAUGUCAUGAUGGACGAAGGCUAUGAUGUGGAAGCCAGCGUCCCGCUCGAGCUCCGGGUGGACCAUGAAGAGGUCAACGCCGCGGGGCAGCAGCCUGUCCACAUGCGUGACAUUGCCGUUGAGUUUGGCAUCUACCGGACCGAUCGCGGCCAGUACAAGGUCUACAACAUGACUUUGCAAGGUGGUCAUCCUCUGACCCAGGAUGCGUUGGAGAACCGAAUCUCCAUGGGAAUGGGCAUGUACAGAGGUCAAAUCGCAUUUUGGAACUGGAGGCAAGGCUAUGGCUUUAUUCGGCCCGACCCGACAGCCAUCCUACCGGAGAAGGUGGUGGCACGUCUUGUCGAGCAAGCAGAGGCCGCACGCAAGCGGGGCAAGCGGAUAGCCGAGGAUAGUCUCCUUUAUUUCCGGCGGCCAGAUGUCACACCGAUGCUGAUUCCACAGCAGGGCAUGCAGGUUGGCUUUCAAGUCUACAUCGAUGACAAGGGAGCUGGAGCAUGUGAUGUCACUGCCUAG